CGACUAACCAUGUUGCAAAAAAAAAAAAGACUAACCAAACUAGCAACACUGUCUCCUUUCAUUACUAGCAACUAGCAAUGCCCACCAUCUGUUUGAGUAGAUCCAUGUCCCUAUGCCCAACCCUUUCGUAUCCUAUCACUCAUCUUCUACAUAACCCAAAGUUCCAAUCUUUACACCCAACUUCUUUUUGUGCGUUUCUGUGUAGCUUCAAGUGUGGGAAGUUCCAGUUAUUGAAACCGUGUUCGUCUCUCAAGGAAACCAAGAAGCAGGAGACCUUUUCCAAGGCUCCCUCCACCGCCCCCGAGAAGUUCAGGACGCUUUUAAAUUUCGGACCAAAAGGAGAGGAUAAUAUUACUGAUAGUAGUGAUGGUAAGAGCUUGGAUGGGGACACUGCCGUUAAAGGUGCCAUUUUGGCUGGUCUUCUACUUGUGGGUAUGGUUGGUGGGUUCGGGACUGCGAGUUAUUUCUACAAAGAUCAGAUCAAUGCCUUCCUGAACCAAUUGUCUGUCUUCAUUGAAGAUCACGGGCCAGCUGGAUAUGCACUUUUUGUUGUGUUUUAUGCUGCAUUGGAAAUCCUUGCAAUACCGGCCAUACCAUUGACCCUCACUGCUGGCCUUCUUUUUGGUUCUGUCACUGGAACCAUUAUUGUUUCUAUCAGUGGAACUAUGGCUGCAAGUGUUUCAUUUCUUAUUGCCAGAUAUUUUGCUCGUGAUCGCAUCCUCAAAUUAGUUGAAGGGAACAAGAAGUUUCUUGCCAUUGACAAUGCUAUUGGAGAGAAUGGUUUUAAAGUUGUUACUCUUCUCCGGUUGAGCCCUUUGCUUCCAUUUUCUCUUGGGAAUUAUUUGUAUGGGCUUACUUCUGUUAAGUUCGUACCAUAUGUUUUAGGAAGUUGGUUAGGUAUGCUACCUGGCACAUGGGCUUAUGUGAGUGCAGCUGCAUUAAGCCGUGCAAUCGUUCAAGAUGGGUCUGAGAUUGCUCUAGGAGGAGGGAAGGGUAUAUUGACCCUUGGAUUAGGCCUACUAUUAACUGCUGCAGCUGCAGCUUAUAUAACGCGGCUCGCUAAGGAUGCUGUAAAGGAUAUCGAAUAGAGUCAAAAUAUUUUCUGCUAAUUAUUUACGGUAUACAUCCAAUGUUAUGCUUUAUGAUCUUCCACGUGUGAAACCAAGUGCUUAGUUGAUUACUCUUUUACUAGAAAAUAGCCCAUUGUAGUUGUAGAUUAGUGGACAGUAACACUUGAGUUUUCUGUUCAGUGGUUGACCAUGAAAUGAUCAAAGUUGGUAAAGAAUAUGGAGGAGAUGAAGGGUUGGGCAAUCAAAUGGUAAAAAAUCGGUAUAGAGUAGAUUAGAUGAUGCAAGCCCUUCCCACACGAGUUGAACUGAUUUGCAUGCACGUAUUUGCGGUCUUUUUGUAUGUCACUCCUUGUCAUAUGAGUCUUCCUCCUGUUGCUUUGUAAUUAAUUGCUCAAGUCCGGUGGAUCUGAAUAAUGUCAUGCAAUACUUCUAGGAGUGGACUCGGGCCGGGCCAACCGGCCCCGAACCGGACCGGCUCGCUACUGUGCGGGCCCGGACCGGCCCGGUGAGGUAGGCGGUUCGGGCCCGGGCCUCCUAAAUCGUGAACCGGCCUGGCCGGUUCGGGCCCGGUCCGGUCCAAUUCUUUUUCUUUUUCUUUUUUGAUUUUUUUUUUAAGUUUUUGGGUUGGGCUGGGUAUGAUGGGCCAUUUGAGGUGGUUUGGGGUGGUUUGGGGGUGAGGGGGGAGGGUUGGGGGUUAAUUAGGAAAAGACAAAAAAAAAUACAAGAACCAAGGCCCAGCCUGGCCCGGACCGGACCCGGGGUUACCCGGGCCGGUUCCGGGCCUCCCCUUUCAUGAAUCGAGGCCCGGCCGGGCCCAGGCCCGAACCGGGACCGAACCGGAACCGGUCCACCCCUAAAUACUUCUAUAAAAGUGCUUUAAUCUCUUUUGGGCUUUUCAUAUCUUUUAGUGCUCUACAUUGCUGUCUAGUAGCUAUAUGGUAUGCAUGGAGAUGGUGUUUGGUACUUUGGU